AUGGCAGUCGCACAAGAACACUGGGCAGCAAAAUGGAUUGCAGACUCCGACGGAAAAGUUCCAUCAAAUUCAUUCUGGGAAGGAGACCACGCAAUUGGUAGAGCAUACUUCAAGGAAGGAUUACAUGUAGGAUAUGUGAAACAAGGUCGAGGACUUAUCAUUGGAUGGGGUGGAAAAGAACAUCUUCUUACCCAUUAUGAAGUUCUCACCGGAGAUAAAUCUCACUUUCAUUGGGUUUUAUGUAAAGGAGCUUGUCGACCGCAAAACUUUAUUCCUCUAAAAGGAGGUUUUGAAUCCGAUGGUAAGGAAUUAUAUAUCGGUAGAGUCCAUUAUAACGGAAAAGAUAGAAUUGGGAAAGCUGGUCAACAUUUGAUCGAUGGGAUGAACUUUGCUGUUGAUGGUCGUGAAAUAUCUUGUCCAGAAUACUAUGUUUUUGCAUUCAGAACUUAA